AUGGACAGCCGGACGUCGACGUCCGAAUCUAAACAGUCUUAUUCCGCACAGGUUUGGAAUACCCCGGCCGCCUCAGCAUCGGCCUCCAAUACCACGGCUACCGCAGAUCGGUCCCAGGAGCCCUCGGCUGCGCAUACAGCCCCCUUUCCGACGCACCUCGAAUUUCUACCGCUUUGGAUCCCUCAGCAGUCAAACAUUUAUCACGCCCAGCUCCUUCACUACAACAAGCUCAUUUCGCCAACAAGGGGUGGUGGCCUGCAGACGCCGCCACUCCCCCCUGUAGUCACCUCGCCUACCGUCCAGGCCGCGUCCAGAUCGCGUACUUCUAGUAGGGCAUCGCUGAAAGAACAUACGCCUGGCAAGACUACCACGUCAUCGGGAAAUGGGAAUCGAUCAAGUCAGAACUCUGACAAGAACCGUUUGGUUAUAACCUCCAAAGACGCUCCGGCCAAGAUGCCUGCCCGGCAAGCGGCGGAGUCGUCCAAAAAUUGGGCGCAGAGGACAACCGCUCUCUCUACAUCGCCUCAGGGACCAGCACAUUCAAGUUCCGUUCCUUCCACGCCGCAUCAGCAUGCCAGACAGUUUUCUUUCGAAUCCCGCGAUCCUUCACCGAACGCCGGCACGAACCACUCACCCCGCUCCGCAUACUCGGAAACGAACAGCACGCUUCCUUCUUUGCGCCCCUUGCCACCACGGCUCGGCGGCUGCAAGUAUGAGACUGCUCAGAUUAACUCUAGAAGGAGAAUACCUUACUCUGUGGGCAGCGAUCGCCUCGAGAAGCUCGAUAUGCGGACUGUGGCCCCCAAGUUGGGAGAAGAUGAGGAAGGGAAAUUAACCAAGGACAUGAAAGAGAUAUAUGACAAGCUGCUUCCAACAGAGCAAGUCGAGAAGAAUCGAAAACGAUUAGUCGAGAAACUCGAGAUGCUUUUCAAUGACGAAUGGCCAGACCGCGAUAUCAAAGUCCACCUUUUUGGCUCUUCUGGCAAUUUACUCUGCUCCGACUCUUCCGAUGUCGACAUUUGCAUCACCACGCCUUGGCACGAGCUUGAAGGUGUUUGUAUGAUUGCUGAUCUGCUGGCUCGACGAGGAAUGGAGAAGGUCGUUUGUAUUUCUGCCGCCAAAGUUCCGAUCGUCAAAAUCUGGGAUCCUGAACUGGGUCUUGCUUGUGACAUGAACGUCAACAAUACAGUCGCCCUUGAAAAUACUCGAAUGGUUCGCACAUACGUCGAAGCAGACCCUCGAGUACGAAAGUUGGCCAUGAUUAUAAAAUACUGGACAAGAAGACGUAUAGUCAACGACGCGGCGUUUGGUGGUACGCUAAGUUCAUAUACUUGGAUAUGUCUGAUCAUUGCCUUUUUACAACUUCGCAACCCGGCUGUUCUUCCCGCUCUGCAUCAACUACCAUACAAGUUACCCAAACCCGAUGGCUCGGUUGGCGACUUUGCCGACAACAUGAAAAAGAUCAAGGGUUACGGCAACAAGAAUAAAUCAUCCGAAGCCGAGCUUCUCUUUCAGUUUUUUCGAUUUUACGCACACGAAUUUGAUUACGAUAAGCACGUCCUAUCCGUGAGACUCGGUCGAAUCAUGACGAAAUCGGAUAAGAAAUGGAAUUACACCAUGAAUAACCAACUCUGUGUAGAGGAGCCUUUCAACACGUCAAGAAACCUUGGAAAUACCGCCGAUGAGUACUCGUUUCGCGGUCUGCAUCUUGAACUACGACGAGCAUUUGACCUUAUCUCCCAAGGAAAGCUUCCCGAAGCUUGCGAGCAAUUUGUCUUUCCCAAGGAAGAGGAGCGUGUGUGGUCUCGGCCUGCGCCUCAGCCUCGACCUGCACUGUUGCGAAGCUCAUCUCAAUCGCAUUCGGGCCGAGGUGGCCGUGGUAAUCAUAGGGGAAAUCGCCAUAACAGCAACUUUCGCGGCGGUGGAUCUAACAGACGCGCCUCGUCAAGUGUGCCGGCAACAUACGAUGGCAACAUGUUUAUUGCACCUGUCAACAUGGCACAGGACUUGGCAUGGUACCCAAAUCCCUCAUUUCCAUUCCAGUAUACUCAGCAAGAUUUAGUCACGCAUAUGGCAUAUCAGCAGCAGCUCCAUCUUUACGCCAACUCACCCGCGUUCCUGCAGCACCAGAACAUGACCCAACAGCAACAGAGACUGUCUGGCAGCUCAAGCUCUGGUCAACAGUCGUCAGAUCGGUCGAGGACGAAUUCGUUUGAUACGGCUCCUACAUCGGCUCCCAUCCGACCUGAAAUAUAUGCCAUGUACAACAUGGGUCUGGGCCAUACGUUCUACCAGCCUGUUGCACAGGGUUAUGGCACAUAUCCUUCGUCACCAGUGACUGCAAGCCAUUCAACGCAAGACUUUAGGCGCUCUUUGCAUAGAUCAGCCACUGCGGACGCUGGCAGUGCUUCCAGCAGCUCAUUGCGAUCCCAGUCGCAGCCCGCAUCUCGGUCACAAGCCCAAGCCGCGUCUCAAUUGCCUGCAUCUUAUAGCAUGAUGGCACAAACAGCCGCAAGCCCGUCGUACUAUACGAGUCCAAACGGUGUACCGAUUCCGAGCUUCAUUUCCGAUGACACGGAUUUUGACGAGACUCCCAAAGCUUCAACAGAGUCCCCGACAUCAGAUGAUGCUCAAUCUGGCGGCUUCUUCAUGGCUAGAAGCACCAGCCCGACUAAGCGGCGCCCAGAGCAGCAGACAUCCCAAGCAGGUAUUGCCUUUGGCGAUUUGGCGUCUACAGGCACUGGUCAGCGCAGACCUUCGAUAGAGCCACUGACGCAAUCGCUCCUCGACAGAAGGAUGAAAAAGGCUUCGCGGUCGCCCUCUCCCCUCGGUCAUGCACGGGCGCACUCUGUUGAUACAUCAACUGCGCCGCUCCCUUCGACGCCCUUUUCCGGAAACCAGAGCAAGGACAACUCGCGGCCGCUUGUUGUCAACGGAUCGAGUGGCAAGGCAGCGAACUACAAUGCUCCUGCGUUUGUGCCCAAUCAAGAAUUUGCAUCUCCGAUAGGUCUAGGCUUUGAAAACGCGCUGCAGAUCCAACCACCUGUGAUGACGAUGCCCAUUGCGCCCCACCCCGCCAGCGAAGGAUUGAUGGGCACUGUUCAGAUGAAUCCUUUGCAGGAUUUCUCCCCGGUUGUUGUCAACGGGUUGGGCAAACCGCCGGGUCUGCCACCAGCAGACGACACCUCGUUCAGAGAGAGAAUCGCGUCGAUGCAUCCGUACUACCCAGGGUUCGCUGGCCUGCCGCAGGACGGCAAGCUGCAUGCCCAAGGAAUGAAUGUGAAUGCGAUAGCUGGAGGAAAAGGCUCGGCAUCGGGGCGACAGCGAUUGUCAUCGAAAAACACCUCGAGCGGGCUUAUUGCGCCCUUGGACUUGGCUACAGGAGAGAAUCGUCUGAACAAGGCCUCGGUGGUAGAUAUGGCACAUCUAUCACCGGUUUACGAAACUCGAACACCAUCUCCGACGAUGCACAGAAAAAACGACAGUGGCUCUGCGCAUGGGAUGCCGUUGCGACCGAAGCAGGGUAGCGGAAGCGAGGCGAAGAAAUCUCCAGCGACGGAGAAGCAUGCGGCCGGCCAGGACAGCCAGAAAGGCAAAACCCAGAAGGCAAAUGCGCCGGCGCAGAGAUGCAAUCCACCAAGGGAAAAUGGACACGUUCGUUGUGCAAAAAGCGAAAGCGACGGUAGCUGGCAAAAAGCCGGGCGGCGGAAGAAGGCGCCAAGUGGUUUGAAUGCGUCAAGCCAUGGUGAGCAACCGCCCAAGCAUGAGUCGGAACGAAAAGGCGGGUGA